AUGUCACGGCCAGCAAAAGGAAGACCAGACAACCCCAAAAUAAGCAGAGAGCUUUUUGUACUCACCUAUGGUGCUUUGGUAGCCCAGCUCUGUAAGGAUUAUGAAAAGGAUGAAGAUGUGAACAAAUAUUUGGACAGUAUGGGGUACAACAUUGGGAUCAGAUUGUGUGAAGACUUUUUGGCUCGCUCUGCUGUGAAGAAGUGCCGGAGUUAUUCUGAAACUGCACGUGUAAUUGCACAGGUUGCUUUUAAGAUGUAUCUGGGUGUCAUCCCUACUGUGACUUGCAGUAACACCAUGGAAAAUGAGUUCUCCCUAAUUUUGGCUAAGAAUCCCUUAGUCGACUUUGUGGAGGAGCUGCCAGCAGGGCGAUCUUCACUUUGCUAUUGCAAUCUUUUGUGUGGUGCCAUUAGAGGAGCGCUGGAGAUGGUACAUCUGGCUGCUGAAGUUACUUUCAUUCAAGACACUUUGAAGGGGGAUGAUGUGACAGAAAUUGGAAUUACAUUCCUAAAGAAGGUUGAAACCAAGAAACACAAAAGAAAUAAGUGA